UUCUUCUCUCCCCAUCCCCUUCUUCAUACCCCCUUCUCAGCGCACCCCACUCCGUAUCUUUUCUUCCCAUUCUCUAUGCAUGCCACCAAUGGACUCACGAUACUGCGUCAACCAUAACUCACCACUAAUUCUUUACCUUCACCUCUUUGACCCAACCCAUAUUCCUCACGCCCACUACCGUUACAAGACACUCUUCCGUGACGACGCCGUUUCUGAGCCGUUAACCGAAACGCUUUUUCCGUGGGACAUCCGGCCUUCUCCUCCGAAGGUAUAUUCCCGCGGCGAGUUCUCUCUCGACCAGGCAGUUGAUGCCUUCGACAACAACGGUUGGUGGUCCGGCGAGAUCACUGGCAGGCUUGGACCUCACCAUUACUAUGUUUAUUUCCGUACAACCAACGAAGAGAUCGCUUAUCCUUCUAAUAAGAUUAAGGUUCAUCAUGAGUGGGUUAACGGCGACUGGAUUCUCUCCCAAAGAGAGCAACCACAGCCACAGCCACUGCAGAAUUAGCAACAACAGCUAGGUCAACAAUUCAAUUGACUGCGUUGAUCCACCGGUUAAUAAUUCUUGGUAAAUCAGAUCUACUGAAGAAAAAAUACUGAGAAAGAAAAGGAAAGAAAAGGAAGUAGAAGUUAUAUAAGUAUCGUUAGUAUUUGUUAAUUUUUUAGGGUGUUCUUUCAAAGAUUUUCGUUUAUAGGUGAAGGACUGAAUUGUUUUUUCGAUUUGAAAUCAUGGACGGAGAGUUUUUUUUUUCAGUUUUACAUGGAAAAGAAAAAAGGGAUUGAAUUUCUAGGGUUCGGAAUUUUGUUGAAGAGGCCUCAUGUUCUCUUCAUGCGUCAAAUUUGGUUCACUUUUAUUAAUUGGGAUCAAUAUCUAGUGUUAUAUCGAGA